CCGUGGGGGACCCAUUUGGGCGACGGACCGGGGCUUUCCUGGGACGGAGGGGCCCCGGCGAGGCUGCCGGGCGAGGGGCCAUGUUCGCCGGGCUGCAGGAGCUCGGGGUGGCCAACGGGGAGGACCUGAAGGAGACGCUGACCAACUGCACGGAGCCCCUGAAGGCCAUCGAGCAGUUCCAGACAGAAAAUGGCAUCCUCCUGCCCACUCUCCAGUCGGCGCUGCCCUUCCUGGACCUCCAUGGCACUCCCAGGCUGGAGUUCCACCAGUCCGUGUUCGACGAGCUGAGAGAGAAACUUCUGGAAAGGGUCUCUGCCAUCGCCUCCGAAGGAAAGGCUGAGGAAAGGUACAAAAAGCUGGAAGAUCUACUGGAGAAGAGCUUUCCCUUAGUCAAGAUGCCUUCCAUCCAGCCAGUGGUGAUGUGUGUCAUGAAACAUCUGCCCAAGGUUCCUGAAAAAAAGCUGAAACUGGUGAUGGCUGACAAGGAUCUGUACAAAGCCUGUGCGGUGGAGGUGAAGCGUCAGAUCUGGCAGGAUAACCAGGCCCUCUUUGGCGAUGAAGUCUCCCCGCUGCUGAAGCAGUACAUCCUGGAGAAGGAGAAUGCCUUGUUCAGCUGCGACCUCUCCGUCCUACAUAAUUUCUUUAGCCCUUCUCCCAAGAUGCGGCGCCAGGGGGAGGUGGUUCAGAAACUCACCCAAAUGAUUGGGAAGAACGUGAAGCUCUACGACAUGGUGCUCCAGUUCCUGAGAACCCUGUUCCUGCGGACACGCAAUGUCCAUUACUGCACACUGCGGGCAGAGCUGUUGAUGUCACUGCACGACCUGGAUAUCAGUGAGAUCUGCACAGUGGACCCCUGCCACAAGUUCACCUGGUGCCUGGAUGCCUGCAUUCGUGAAAGGUUCAUCGACAACAAGCGGGCUCGAGAGCUGCAGGGUUUCCUCGAUGGAGUGAAGAAAGGGCAAGAACAAGUGCUGGGGGAUUUGUCCAUGAUCUUAUGUGACCCGUUUGCCAUCAACACUUUGGCACUGAGCACCAUCCGCCACUUGCAGGAACUUGUGGGGCAGGACAUGUUGCCCAGGGAAAGCCCCGAUCUUCUGCUUCUCUUAAGGAUGUUGUCACUGGGACAAGGAGCCUGGGACAUGAUCGACAGCCAGAUCUUCAAGGAACCCAAAAUGGAAGUGGAUUUGAUCACCAAGUUCUUACCACUGUUGAUGUCAUUUGUGGUAGAUGACUACACCUUCACUGUUGACCAGAAGCUUCCUUCAGAAGAAAAGGGCCCAGUGCCUUACCCCACUGCCAUCCCAGAAAUAUUUCCAAAAUUUCUGCUGGAGCAUCGGAUCGCUUGCGAAAUUGGCCUUUACUAUGUGCUCCACAUCACUAAGCAGAGGAACAAGAAUGCUUUUCUCCGGCUGCUUCCAGCGCUGCUGGAGACUUUUAAUGACCUGGCCUUUGGCGACAUUUUCCUGCACUUGCUUACGGGUAACCUCACCCUGCUGGCGGACGAAUUUACACAAGAGGAGUUCUGCACCAGUCUCUUUGACAGCUUCUUCCUCCCCACUUGUUCAAGGAAGGAGAAUGUGCACAGACAUGUGCUGAGGCUGCUGCUUCACCUCCACCACAAAGUGGCCCCUGCCAAGUUGGAGUCUCUGCAGAAGUCUCUAGAACCCACCAAGCAGAGCGGUGAAGCGGUGAAGGAGCUGUACAACCAGCUCAAUGAAAAACUGGAACUCCGGAAGCCCAGCCCGGUCCAAGCAGCCGAAGCCCCAUCUAUGGACUUGUCCUUGCCAACAGUACCCACUCCAGCCUCACUUUAGGCUUCCCUGGAUCCUGCAGAAGAAUGAUGCUAUUUUGUCUUACCUUCAUCAAGAGAUUGGAUACUCGCCCUGUUCUGUACCGAAACUGGUUGUAAUCCUUGAACAUCUCUUGGAUUUAGUUUAGCCUUGGCUAAUCAACUGUGUCUCCCUAGAAUAGGAAGGGGAAUGCACGUCCCCCCAAGAUGUUGAUAUACUGCAGCUCCCAUGGUCCAUCACCAAUCACCACACUUUCUGGGGCUGAUGGGAAUUGCAAUUGAGCAACAUCUGCAGGGCCACACAUCCCCCACCCCUGAACUAGAAGAGAAUUCUGCUGUCAAGGUUGCUGGCUGGAAUUUGGGCUCGGAGGAGUAAAAAGAAAAGGGAAAAGUCCAAAUGCUUUUUUUUUCUAAACUAUAAACAUCAUGUUAGAUGUUUUCAUUUUUAAAAAAAUAUUAAAAAGCGAGUAUUUUUA